AUGCGAUUGUUCGUUAUUCUCUUCAUUUUGUUUUCCGCGUCGCUUAUUGCUGUUGGCGAACCCGGCCGGGCCAGCGACUUCUUCUCGUCGUUCUUCGGAUUUGGCAAGAAGCGGCCGACGACGCCAUCGCCGAGAAUUAUCGCCAAUUCUGGAAGAUGUAGCUCAAAUACUAAUCAAUGUUCUGCGUAUGAAUGCUGCAAUGCCGAUCAAUCGUGUCUUCGUAAUCGCUGCUUCCCAAGAAUACCGAACUGUCCGGUGACCCGCGACCAAUGUGGAAACCAAUGCUGUCAGCGAUCGGAGAUUUGCAAAAAUGGAAAGUGUUCGAGAUAA